GUGUCUCGGGGGAUACGAGAAACGAUGCGAUGAGAUACAGUUUUAUAUAGUGAUGAGUGGCAUCUCUUAAAGCCAUGUCAUGUUGUGACAGGCUGUCAGGCCCGCAGUUUUGGUUCGAUGUCCAGGGAAUUUCGCUGACACCGAUGGUCCGUCAACUUGAAAGAUCUUCCACCCCAGUUCCGCAGGCACCGGAUGAGGGUGCUGACGGAGACCAGACACAGAAUGCUGACCAGGUAGAGAAACCAAAGGAUGACACGAGAAAGCCCAAGAAGGAGAAGAAAAAGGAGUCGAAGGGUUUGCUGGGCGGAGCUGCAGAGAUCGUGCCCAUCUUGAUCUUGGGUUGCUUGGCCUGAUUGCUUACUGGAACAUGCAUGGAAUGCUCUACCCAAAGUUUCCGGACUUCGAUUCCAACCAUAGAUACCUGGAGAAGUUCCAGAACAGGAUAGAACGCGGGGAGGAGCUCACACUUGAUAUAUUUAUCAAGGAGAGCAAGUCGCAACCAACAAUUGCUCGUGAUGCGAGCCCUGAUUGGACAGUCAAGUUUCCAUAUGACGAGGAGGAUUUCAUCCCAUCUUCCAAAUCAGUCUUGGUGAACGUCUCAUCAAAAAUGCUGACCAAGACCAAGAAUGUGUGGCUGACUGCUAGGCUGAGGACACUCAAAGGUGAUCGUGUUGCCGAAGCACAUGGUGGGAUGAUAAAGUACGACAAGAUGAAGGCGCAGGCUACAAAGUACUGGCUUGCGUCAGGAGAAGUUUGCGAAGACAAUGAAGAAAGGGCAUAUGGAAGCGAGGUUAAUCCUUUGACUGCCAGAGGAGUGCCAAAGAUGCAGGUCAGACUUGUGUAUGACCGAACGCACUAUCCGCGGCCUUGGAAAAACGCUCACUACUAUCCACCAAUGUAUGUGGAUGAAUUCUGGAUGACGAAUGAUCAGCUGGUCAAGUUUCCUCCUAGUGGAGAACACAGCUUUACUGCAGAGAUCCACUUCAGUCUUAUGUCUGCAGCCAGAUGGCGAUUUCAAAACAUAAUGGAUCAGAGCAUCAAGAAUAUGGCCACACAGUUUGCUGGAGAGGAUGCUGAAGAAAUUGUGCAAAUGCGGGACUUGUUUGCCAACACAAACUCCUACUUGCUCAUAGGGACCUUCGUGGUGAGUGUCCUACACAUGAUCUUUGAGUACCUAGCGCUCAAGCAUGAUGUGUUGUUUUGGCAGAAAACAGAUGCCGAGACGUUGAAGCGAUACAUCUCACUGCGAGCAAUCUUGGGAGAAAUCUUUUGCAAUGUGGUGCUUUGGAUCUAUUUGUACGACCAAGACACAGGCUGGCUUGUCCUGAUAUUGAUGCUGGGGCAGAUUGCAGUUGACUGCUGGAAGCUCACACGGGUCUUAGAGGUGCGAUUGCAGAGAAGUGGACUCUUAAUGUAUCCGACCCUCAGAAGUCGUGUUCCGCACUCCAGCACAGAUGACUAUGACAAGAUGGCGUUGCAGUAUUUGUCUUAUAUUCUGGUCCCAAUUGUCCUGGUGUACGCCAUGUACUCCCUGAAGUAUGAAUGCCACAAAGGUAUCAUUGCGUAUUUGCUACAUGUGUCGGCAUCCAUGGUCUAUGCACUUGGCUUUGCUUUAAUGACGCCACAACUCUUCAUCAAUUACCGCAUGAAAUCUGUAGCUUACCUGCCCUGGAAGCGGUUCGUGUACCGAGCUAUUAACACCUUCAUUGAUGAUUUAUUUUCCUUCAUCAUCAAAAUGCCCACAAUGCACCGAAUGUCUUGCUUCCGCGAUGACAUUGUCUUUCUCAUCUACCUCUACCAAAGACACAUAUAUCCCGUGGACAAAGCUCGAAUAUUUGAUGAAGACUUUGUUGACUCCGCAGAGGGCACCGCGGAGGAGUCAAAGAAAGAUCAAUAGAGCAGGGAUUCAAAGAUCAAUCAAAGUCAUGCUCUUCAUCCUCAUCCCGGACACCUGAGACAGUCGUAGGCCUAGUCGUAGGCAAGCUCCCAAGCUCAAGCGAGCGGAUUUCCGGCGGAGCCGGCGGAGCAUUUCGGUUUCCAAGACGAGACCUGAGUUUGUUAAAGACACCGUGCGGCAGUGUUUGACAACAUGACACACUGCUCAAGAAAAGGA